GUGUGUGUGUGUGUGUGUACUAGGAAUAGAAAUCCAUGAGACACUGCAGUGGGUGGAGCUGGGGCUGUGGGUGCCCCUACAAGACUCUGAAGGGGCUGGUCUCCAACUCCUCUCUGGCCCCUUGAAGGCCACUCACCCAGUAGAUACCCCAUGGCUCUCAGGGCCUAGAGUGGAGGUCCCCAGAGCUGGGAGGCAUGGCUUGCAGGAGGGCAAAUUUCCUGAGGGCUGGGGGCGGAAGGGAGGGCUGGUGCUACUCCAGGCAUCUGGAGUAGGAUCUUGAGGGGAGCCAGGAGGGUGCUCAGCCAGAGCAAGGUCGCCUAUGGUCUGUACCGGAGGCCCCUCCUUUUCCAUGUCCAUCCCACAGGCAGGGGCAGAACCUGGGUGGGGGAGGUCCUGGAGGGGGCUGCCCCUUCUUGGGAAGGUAGUGAGCUCUCCGCAGGUCCCGUCCGCGCCCGGGUUGAGCUCUGACCCCGGCUCGCAGGUCGCCUCCCCUGCCCCUAUGACCAACAUGAGCUGGAGCUUCCUGACGCGGCUGCUGGAGGAAAUCCACAACCACUCCACGUUCGUGGGCAAGGUGUGGCUCACAGUGCUGGUGGUCUUCCGCAUCGUGCUUACAGCCGUGGGCGGAGAGUCCAUCUACUCGGACGAGCAAACCAAGUUCAUGUGCAACACGCGGCAGCCCGGCUGUGACAACGUGUGUUACGACGCCUUUGCGCCCCUGUCCCACGUGCGCUUCUGGGUCUUCCAGAUCGUGGUCAUCUCCACGCCCUCUGUCAUGUACCUGGGCUAUGCCGUGCACCGACUUGCCCGCGCCUCGCAAGACGAGCGCCGCCGCGCACCCCGUCGCCGCCCCGGCCGCCGUGCGCCCCUACCUCUGGCCCCGCCGCCGCAUCCCGGCUGGCCCGACGCCGCCGGCCUGGGCGAGGAGGAGCCCAUGCUGGGCCUGGGCGAGGAUGAUGAGGAACCAGGGCCGGCCGAGGGCCUGGGCGAGGAGGACGAGGCCGAGGACGCGGUCAAGGACGUCAAGGCAGCCGGAACCCUGGGCCCCGCCGGCCAGCACGACGGGCGGAGGCGCAUCCAGCGCGAGGGCCUAAUGCGUGUCUACGUGGCACAGCUGGUGGCGCGGGCCGCUUUCGAGGUGGCCUUCCUAGUAGGUCAGUACCUGCUGUACGGCUUCGAAGUGCCACCCUUCUUUCCAUGCAGCCGCCAGCCCUGCCCGCACGUGGUUGACUGCUUCGUGUCGCGGCCCACCGAGAAGACUGUUUUCCUGCUGGUCAUGUACGUGGUCAGCUGCCUCUGCCUGCUGCUUAACCUCUGCGAGAUGGCGCACCUGGGCCUGGGCAGCGCUCAGGACGCCGUGCGCUGCCGCCGGGUGCCGCCCUCCGCUUCCGGCCCAGUGCUUCGCUCACCGCCCUGCGCGCUGCCGGCCGCGCCGGCCAGCCUGGCCUGCCCGCCAGACUACAGUCUCGUGGUGCGCGCAGCCGAGCGCGCGCGCGCCCACGACCAGGACCUAGCCAGCCUGGCGCUGCAGGCUCUGCGGAACGGGCACGCGCUCGGGGACCGCGACAGCCCGCUCUGUCCAGGUCUCCCAGAGGCCGCCCGGGGGCCCCCGCACGCCGGUGCUCCCGCCUCUGGGUCGGGCAGCGCCACGUCUGGGGGCACCGGCGGGGGCCAGGGUCGGCCAGGCGUCAAGCCCAGGGCGGGCUCGGAGAAGGGCAGUGCCAGCAGCAGGGAGGGGAAGACGACCGUGUGGAUCUGAGGUCCGCCGCGCUGCUCGCCGUCCUCCCUCAACACUUAGGCUCAGGGUGGGGGUCGGGGGGAGGCUGGGGUCUGGACGCGCUAGGGCGCAGAGAGCAGCCCGCCUGCUCCAGCUCUUCUUCUCCCUUUCCCUUCUCCUCCGGGGAGGGGCGGGACAGGGAAGGGCACCACCUGAGGGCCCACGCUGUCCAGGGUAGGAUGUAGAAGAGGGGCCUGGGAACAAGGAAGGGUCGCCAGCCCGGAUUCUGAACCCCGCGGGGUGGGCACGCCUGUGGCUGGGGCUGCUCCGAGUUCCAGCCCCUCAUGGACUUGGGCAGAGGCCAGGGACUUGGGGUGGGCGGGGCCACGCCCCCUCAAGGCUCUGUGCGGGCUUGGCGCGGCCCCGUUGCUCUGGGACGUACUUGAAGUUCUGCAAAGGUGUCGGCCCACCCUGAAGGAUUUGGCCUUGUCCUUGCUGGGAACCGGCCCGGAGGCCUCUCUGGGCUCCUGCCUCCUCCCCAAUUCAGGCACAGCCUCAAAAGCAAAGGGAGUAAAAUAAAGCAAAUUUCUUUACA